AUGAGGAGCCUGAAAUAUUUGGUCUCUGCCUUUUAUCUGCAAAGCACUCUUUGCGCGGCUCGGGGUUAUACCAAUGAGUCAGAGGUUCCUUACUAUGGCCUCAGUCCUCCAGUCUACCCUACUCCUGUCGGAAAUGGUACUACAGAUUCAGCUUGGAAAUCUGCCUACCAGCGUGCCAAAGACCUAGUCUCUCAAAUGACCCUCGAGGAGAAGGCGAAUAUCACCCGUGGCUAUUCUGGACAGUGCGUCGGAAACAGCGGUGCAGUCCCCCGUCUUUCUAUCCCACCUCUGUGUUUCCAAGAUGCUCCCAACGGUAUCCGAGGGCAGGAAUUUGUCUCCUCCUUUGCUUCUGGUAUCCACGUGGCGGCUACAUGGGACCGCACACUCAUGUACCGCCAGGGACAUGCCCUAGGGGAGGAAUACUAUGGCAAAGGUAUUAAUGUGGCCUUGGGGCCCGCUGCAGGACCUCUGGGAAGACUAGCCAGAGGGGGUAGGAACUGGGAAACGUUUGGACCUGAUCCGUACUUGGCUGGAGCAGGGAUGGGGGCUAUGACCAAGGGAAUGCAAGAUGUAGGAGUGAUUGCCACUGCAAAACACUGGCUCUUGAACGAGCAGGAGUGGAGACGGAUGCCAGGUGACCUUGGAGAGUCAUUGAGCUCGAAUGUCGAUGAUCGAACCCUUCAUGAGUUAUAUGCUUUCCCGUUCAUGGAUUCUCUCAAGGAAGGAGUUGGCAGUGUGAUGUGCUCGUAUCAACGUGCCAAUAACUCCUACGGGUGCCAAAACUCGAAGCUCAUGAAUGGCAUCCUAAAGACAGAACUGGGCUUUGAGGGGUUUGUGGUUAGCGAUUGGCAAGCACAGCACACGGGAAUUGCUUCCGCCAAUGCUGGCUUGGAUAUUGUCAUGCCGGACGGUGGCUUCUGGGGUCAGAAUCUGACGGACGCUGUCAAUAAUGGAAGUGUCAGUGUUGAUCGGAUCGAUGACAUGGUCACUCGCACCCUGGCAAGUUGGUACCAUGCCGGUCAGGACAAAGAUUUUCCAUCUCUUGGAGUCUAUUCCAACACGGAAAUUCACCCGCUCAUCGAUGUCCAAGGAGAUCAUGCAACCUUGAUCCGCGAGGUUGGUUCCGCGGGUAUUGUGCUCGUGAAAAACGUCAACAAUACACUGCCAUUCAAAAAGCCCAGAUAUCUCAGCAUCUACGGCUACGAUGCUACCGACAAAGCUGUCCCUUGGGACAACCCAUCGCGUUUCGGCGGUGGCUACGAAGUAAAUUUCGGAUGGGAGACUUUUAACGGCACUCUGAUCACCGGUGGGGGUUCUGGAAGUAAUGCUCCUCCCUACGUAGUGAGUCCGUUCCAAGCACUUCAGGAACGCGUUUCGCGCGAUCAUGGUGUACUGCGUUGGGAUUUCUACUCGGAGAACCCAGCUGCCGCAUACUUUAACACCGAAGCUUGUCUUGUUUUCAUCAAUUCGUAUGCUUCAGAGGCGUUCGACCGCACGACCCUUGUCGACGAGUUCAGCGAUAACCUGGUCAAGAACGUUGCCACAAAUUGCUCAAACACCGUCGUUGUCAUCCAUUCAGCUGGUAUCCGUCUCGUCGACGCCUGGAUCGACCAUCCCAACGUCACCGCCGUUCUAUUCGCCGGUAUACCAGGCCAGGAAAGCGGACACUCCCUUGUAGACGUCCUCUACGGAGAAGUCAGUCCAUCUGGAAAACUCCCCUACACUGUCGCCAAACAAGAAACCGACUACGGACAUCUACUAAACGCGAGUGUCUCAUUCGACGCAUUCCCGCAGCAAAACUUCACCGAGGGCCUCUACAUUGACUACCGUGCCUUUGAUCACGACGGUAUCGACCCUCGAUUCGAAUUUGGCUUUGGUCUCUCCUAUACCACCUUUGACUACUCGGGUCUCAAAAUCACCCAGACUAAAAAUAGUACCUCGCCUCUUCCAGACCCGAGUGUCCCCAUCAUUCAAGGCGGUCAUCCAGAACUCUGGGAUACGCUCUUCUUCGCCAUUGCCUCUAUAACCAAUACCGGGGAAGUCGCAGCUUCAGAAGUGGCACAGCUUUACCUCGAUAUCCCCAACGCCCCUAUUCGGCAGCUGAGAGGCUUUGACAAGGUCCUCGUGAAACCCGGAGAGACGAAGACUGUUACGUUCCCGUUGACAAGAAGGGAUCUCAGUAUAUGGGAUGUUGUAGCGCAGCAGUGGAGACUGCAGGGUGCGAAUUAUACCGUGUCUGUUGGGGCGAGUAGUAGGGAUUUGAGGUUGAAUGCGACGAUAACGAUUUGA